AUGGCGCUGAAGGCUUGUAUCGACGGAUGGAAACAUCUCAGAAAGGUGGUUGUGGUGGAUGGGACGCACAUGUUUGGGAAAUUCAGAGGUUGUCUCCUGAGGGCUAGUGGUCAAGACGCCAAUUUCCAGAUAUUCCCUAUUGCUUUUGCGGUGGUAGACGGUAAGAACGAUGCUUCUUGGAGUUGGUUUUUUUCAAAGUUAGUUGACAUUAUUGAGGAUUGUCCGGAGCUCACCAUCAUUUCGGAUAGAUGUCCAUCAAUCAAACCUGCUAAGUUGGAAUGGUUUCCCAACGCACACCACGGCUUUUGUCUCGUACACAUCCAGCGAAAUGUACACAAAUACCACAAAAGGCGAAAACAGAGAGAGAUUGUUGGGAUGGUUGGAGAGGCGUUCACGGUUGGUAAAUUCAAUGAACUAUACGAGUUACUUAAGUUAGCGGACUUUGAAUGCUGGGAGUUUAUGGAGAAAAUAGACAAAGCUCAGUGGACGCGAGCAUUUUCCCUCGGGAAUAGAUACAAUUUAAUGUCUAGCAAUAUCGCCGAGUCUCUAAACCAUGCUCUGUUUCCGGCGAGGGACAGUCCUAUCGUCUCGUUACUUGAGUUCAUCAGGCGGAUGCUUAGCAGGUGGUUUGAAAGCCGGCGUGGUACCAUUAAGAAGAUGGCCGGGGAUAUUCCUAAAGAAGUUGAUAAGGAGCUCCUAAAGCAGCUGGAAAUGUCUCGUGGACUACCUGUUUUAUCGUUGGGCGGAUGGAACUUCGAGGUUAUAUCAGCUAGUGGAGCGCACCGACUUGUUUCACUUGAUGGAAAGACAUGCAGCUGUCGUGAAUUCCAAACUCUCAGAAUUCCGUGUCGGCAUGCCAUGGCAGCGGCCACGUCCUGCAACUUGUCGUAUAAAACUUUGGUUGAUGUAAUCCACAAGAAACCAAAGUGGACGGCAACAUUAGAAGGUAUUAUACUACCUCUCCUUGAUCCAGAUGACCUGGUUCUCCCGACAGAUGUUGUAGAUGCACCGAUCACACAUCAUCCUAGGUUAAAGCGGCCAUUUGGCAGACCACCAAAGAAGAGGAAAUUUUCUGAAGGAGAAUAUCCGGGGGCUGUUAAGAAGAAAAGGCCAAACAAGUGCGGAACUUGUGGAAUUGCAGGACACAACCGCGUUACCUGCAAAUCUCCUUUGAAGUGA